AUGCACUUAUUGCAUGGCUCCAUGUGCCUCCCUUCUCUCCGCCUUCAUGCCUCACCAUGCUCCCUGCACUGCCAUGCCCUGCACUACCAUGCCCUGCACUGCCAUGCCCUGCACUGCCAUGCCCUGCACUGCCAUGCCCUGCACUGCCAUGCCCUGCACUGCGAUGCCCUGCACUGCCAUGCCCUGCACUGCCAUGCCCUGCACUGCGAUGCCCUGCACUACCAUGCCCUGCACUACUGGCAUGCCAAUGCUGUAUCUCCCCACUCUCCACUUCACCUGCACCGCUUCUCCUCCCACUGCCUCUCCUCUCACCGCCUUUCAUCCCCGCACCCUCCAUUCCAUCCACAUCAUCGCACACCAACCAUCCCCUCCAUUCCCCCUAUUCACCCCUUUCCCAUCACUCCCCUGGUUCUCUCGCUUCCCUGCUCCCCCUCCAUUCCCUCUUCCAUUUUCUUCCACCCCAUCAUUCGCCCCAUAGCCAUGUGUCUCCGUCUCUUCCACAGCUGUAAUCUGCCCCUCUCCUCCGUCCCCAGCCUCAUCAGCCCUCACCCUGCCAGCAGCUCGGCGCCAUGGCUUGCCUCUACCCAUCUGCUCCUCCUCAUCCCCCUCUGUCCUGGCGUUGCCUCUCCUGUGCCUUGCCUUCUCCCCCACCUCAAUUCCGCGCACCCCUCUCCUUCCCCCCUUGAUCACCGCGUUUCGACUGCUGCAGCUGCUGCUGCUCUCCUCCUCAUCCAGCCACCUCCUUUUGACUCUGGCCCCUCCCGUGUCUCUUCCAUCUCCUACCGAACCACCUCCUACCGAACCACCUCCUACCGCACCAAAGCUUCCCCCACCGGCGCUCUCUGCGCAGCUGCUCUUCCCUGCCCCCUUCCCUCGCCCUUCCUUACGACACCUCUCAGUCUCACUGCUGCUGCUUGA